UUUUUGGCUGUCACUCGACUGGGGAGUGGUUCACCAACUUCAACCAUUUCUUCUCCUCUCUCUCCCUCUGAUCUCUUGAAAAGAAUCCGCUCCCACUUCACUAGAUCAUAAGUGAAACGAGACGACUCCAUCGACCCACGUUGCCUGGUCACUCUGCAGGGUGCAAUGGAAACCCUAGGGAUGAUCAUCAACUUCAUCGCCGUCCUGCUUCUGAUCCGGCCGCCUUUGCCUCUGGGAUCCAAGACCCAGCACUUCAAAUGGGAGGUCGGCUACGCGUUCCGGUCGCCGGACUGCGUCGAGGGCCUCGUGAUGGGGAUCAACGGCCAGUUCCCGGGCCCGACGAUCCGGGCCGAGGCCGGGGACACCCUUCAUGUGGAGCUCACCAACAGGCUCCACACCGAGGGUGUGGUCAUCCACUGGCAUGGAAUUAGACAGUUUGGAACUCCAUGGGCUGAUGGAACUGCUUCCGUCUCUCAGUGCGCCAUCAAUCCUGGAGAAACCUUCGUUUACAGAUUCAAAGUCGACAAGGCAGGAACGCACUUCUACCACGGACACUACGGCAUGCAGAGAUCAGCGGGAUUAUACGGAUCACUGAUAGUAGAUGUCGCGGAAGGAGAGAAGGAGCCGUUCGAUUACGACGGCGAGUUCAGCCUCUUGCUGAGCGACUGGUGGCACCAAAGCGUGCACGAGCAGGAGGUCGGCCUCUCCUCCAUGCCGUUCCGCUGGAUCGGCGAACCUCAGUCGUUGCUGAUAAACGGAAGAGGGCAAUACACUUGCUCGUUUGCAUCGAGCUUUAUCGUCGCCGGCAGCAACACAACCGCAGGUCGAGGCCGUCAAUGCCAGUUUCUCGGGCACGAAGAGUGUGCACCUCAGAUUCUCCCCGUGCUUCCAAACAGAACGUACCGGCUCCGACUCGCCAGCGCCACUUCUCUCGCCUCCCUCAACUUUGCGGUCGCGAGCCACAAGCUGGUGGUGGUGGAAGCCGACGGCAACUACGUCCAGCCCUUUGCUGUCGAUGACCUCGACAUCUACUCCGGCGAGACUUACUCUGUCCUCCUCACCACCGACCAAAACCCCGCUGCCAACUACUUCAUCUCUGCCGGCGUCCGGGGAAGGCAGCCGAACACCACCCAAGCCCUGACCAUCCUCAAUUACAAACCCAACCCGCCCUUUAAGCCUCCUCCCUUGCCGCCUCCGGUCACCCCUCGCUGGGAUGACUUUGAUCGCAGCAAGCGGUUCUCCUUGAAGAUCCACGCCCUCGCCGGACGGUCCCCGAAGCCGCCAAUGAAAUCCAACCGCCAGAUCGUCCUCCUCAACACGCAGAACACCGUCAAUGGGCUGCUCAGGUGGUCGAUCAACAACAUCUCGCUGGCGCUCCCCGCGACCCCGUACUUGGGCUCUAUCAAGUUCCGACUGAAGCAUGCCUUCGAUGGGGCUCCGCCGCCAGAGACGUUCCUGGCGAACUAUGACCUCAUGAGGCCGCUGGCAAACCCCAACUCCACCAUCGGGAGCCGAGUCUACCGGCUACGGCUCAAUUCCACGGUCGACGUGGUGCUUCAGAAUGCAAACGCGAUGAAGGAGAACGUUAGCGAGAUCCACCCGUGGCACUUGCACGGGCACGACUUCUGGGUUUUGGGGUACGGCGAGGGGCGGUUUGUGGCAGCGGAGGCAGAGAGGCAUUUCAACCUGGAGGAUCCGCCGUUGAAGAACACGGCCGUGGUGUACCCGUACGGGUGGACGGCCAUAAGGUUCGUGGCGGACAACCCCGGGGCAUGGGCGUUCCACUGCCACGUGGAGGCGCACCUCCACAUGGGGAUGGGCGUGGUGUUCGCCGAGGGCGUGGACCGGGUCCGUGGGAUACCGGUGGAGGCGAUCGCAUGCGGCUCGACGGCGAAGAUGAGGAUGGCUUCGAACGACGAACGAGGACAAGAAUUGACGAGGGAUUGAGUUGGUGGUUCCUUGUCUCGGGUUAUUCUUCUCGUCUAAUGCAUCGACCAUCGGGUGUACUAGGAAACCGUUAAAUCUGUUAUGGUCACAUGAAACCGUUAAAUCAGUUAAAAGUCA